UUGAAGGAAGUUAGGGUUAGAGGCGAGAAGGAUUUUGAAUGUGCAACAAAGGGGGUUUUUUUUUUUUUUUUAUGUGGGAUCCUGAUUUAUUCCUCCCCCUACUUCAUGCAGAGUUUGAGAAAAUGUCCUCAGAAGGAACAAAAAGUGUAGUUGGGAGUGAGGUGAUGCCCCUGGACUAUGGGAGCAUGGACGCAGAGAGUAGUCCAUCUCCAUCUAGUUCGGAGAAAACGGUAGAGGGGGUGAGAGGAGAUGAGGUGGUGGAGGUUGGGGAGAGAGAGGUGGUAGAGGUGGGGAGGAAUGAGGUGGUAGAGGUUAGGGUAGAUAGCAUACCCAUCACCGUAGUAAAAGUAGAGGGUAGAGGAGAGAGGAAUUAUGAUGUGAAUGCAGAGAUAGUGGAGGAGGUGAAGCAGUACAGAUCUGAGCUAAGGACCAGGGAUAGCCUGGGUCACUUAGUAGAAAAUUACGAGAUCUCGUCUCGAGUGUUAGUUAGGCCAGCUGGGGUAGAGGAGAGGGCGUGCUCUGCUCCUCGAGAUCACUAGAUGCCUGUGUAUUCCCACUAUUUGAUAGGGGGACUCAGGUUUCCACUUCCUGAGUUGCUAGUGGGUUUACGGUUAGAUUACAACAUAGGGUUGACACAGUUGGUCCCCAACGCAAUGAGGGUAAUAAUAGGAUUUUUAGUCU